CCUUGAACGUCCAGACUGUGAUGGGUCAUAGCGUCAAAAAUAAAAAUUAAUGUCGCAUCAAAUUGUUUAUAUUGAUUUUAUGUUAACCAGAUAUAUUUACAUUGUUGUUAUGUUAACAAGUGUUAUAGUGGUGUGAAUAUUAAAUAACAAGUUAUAUUUAAAGAAACCUACGAUGUUUCAAUUAGUGCUAGUCCUCUCGGCUUUGGCUGUAUUAUUCUAUUAUUUUGCUAUCAAACCCAUGAGUUACUGGAAGGAAAGGGGAAUAAAACAGACGAAACCUGUAUGGUUGUUUGGCGACAGUUGGGGUACCUUCCUGAAGAUGCAUAGUUUAGUGGACUUUGUCCUAUAUGUCUAUGACCAGGUUCCGGAUGUAAGAUAUUUUGGAUUGUACCAGAUGACGACGCCCACACUUGGUAUACGAGACCCAGAUCUAAUCAAACAAAUUGCCGUUAAAGAUUUUGAACAUUUUAUGGAUCAUAGGCAAAUGUUCCCUGAAAAUGCCGAUCCUCUAAUGGGAAAGAAUCUAUUUGGAUUAAAAGGUCAAUCAUGGCGUGAUAUGAGACCGAUCCUCAGUCCAACCUUCACCAGCAGCAAAAUGCGAGCCAUGUUCGUCCUGAUGUCUGAAUGUGGUGAGAACUUCAUUAAGUAUUUUCUGGACAAUAACAAAGAUACAACCGAAAUGGAAAUGAAGGAUACUUUUAGACGAUUCACAAACGAUGUUAUUGCUACAACUGCUUUUGGCAUUAAAACAGAUUCUUUAAAGCACAGAGAUAAUGAAUUCUUCACUAUGGGAAUGAGAGCAGUAGAUUUUGGGUGGUGGAAAAGUCUCAAAUUUUUUGGUUAUAUGAUCAUACCGCAGGUUUUAGGGUUUUUCAAAGUUUCAAUUUUUGGCAAAGAAUUAAAUGACUUUUUUAUGGAACUUAUUGAUAAGACAGUCAGAACUAGAGAAGAGAAAGGAAUUGUUCGUCCUGAUAUGAUCCACUUACUAAUGGAGGCUAAAAAAGGAAUUCAGCAAAAAGAAGAGAAGGUUAUCGAUACUGGAUUUGCCGUAGUAGAAGAAGCAGAUUUAGGACAUGGUAAAGGUGCCAAAGAAAUCACAAAUGUUGAUAUAGCUGCCCACGCUAUGAUUUUCUUCUUUGCUGGUUUUGAUGGCGUAUCUUCCUUAAUGUGUUUUACAAUCUACGAAUUAGCAGUAAAUCCUGAUAUCCAAAAUAGAUUGAGAGAAGAAGUUGAAGAAACUUUGAGAGAAUGCAACGGAAAGCUAACGUACGAAGGUCUGUUGAAAAUGAAGUACUUGGACAUGGUUAUUUCAGAAACUUUACGAAAAUGGCCAAUCGCUGUCAUGUCUGACAGAAUAUGUACCAGAUCUUACACAAUCCCUCCUGCAACACCAGAAGAAAAGCCCCUCUAUCUUGAAAAGAACACAGUUCUUCUGUUUCCCAUAUGGGCGAUACAUAGAGAUCCGGCAUUCUACGAAAAUCCAGAUAAGUUUGACCCAGAAAGAUUCAAUGACGAAAACAAGUCAAAAAUCAACCCUUACACGUAUCUUCCCUUUGGUAUUGGUCCUAGGAACUGUAUAGGAUCGCGAUUUGCGCUAUUAGAAACGAAAGUGGUGCUUUUUUAUCUUUUAUCCAAUUUUAUAAUUGAACCUUCGGCAAAACUUCACAUACCGUUAAAAAUUUCCAAGUCACAAUUCAAUGUUACAGCGGAAAACGGGUUUUGGUUUAACUUGAAGAAGUUAAAUAAAUGAAAUAUGCGAAGAGAUAUAUAUUAGAUAACUAAGCUUUGUAGAACAUUAUUUAGUGCAUGCUGUUGUAAUUGCUUUUCAAUAUUGAUGUCUCGCUUUAAGAUUCUAGAAAAUAAAAUCUAUUGUUAUAAUAAAGUGUGUCACAUUCUU